GCCCUUUCUACAGUGUGACGUGCUUGACCUACUAAGAUGGAGGACAGUGGCAGUGGGUGGGCUGUAGAUCUGGUCCCUCCUGGGCCGUGUGUGGCUGGCAUGGAGCGGAACACCAGCGGUCAGGUUUUUGAGGUGACGCUGCAGAACUCCUCCUCGUCCAAACUCAGCCCUCAGUUUGUGGGGGUGGAGCUGCCGCAGUCCUUCAAGCUGCUCAUCAUCCCCUGCUAUGCCCUGGUGGUGCUGAUCGGGGUAUUCGGCAACUACCUGUUGCUCUAUGUCAUCUGCCGCACCCGCAAGAUGCACAAUGUCACCAACUUCUUCAUAGGGAACCUGGCCUUCUCCGACAUGCUGAUGUGUGCCACAUGUGUCCCCUUCACCUUGGCCUAUGCCUUCAACCCCCGUGGCUGGGUGUUUGGGAGGUUCAUGUGCUACCUGGUUUACCUCAUCCAGCCAGUAACUGUCUAUGUGUCUGUUUUUACUCUCACUGCUAUUGGUGUUGACAGGUACUAUGCCACAGUGCACCCUCUGAAGAAGCGGAUCUCAGUGCUGGCGUGUACCUACCUCUUAUCUGGGAUCUGGCUGCUCUCCUGUGGGCUUGUGGCCCCGGCUGUAGCCCACACUUACCAUGUGGAGUUCAAGAAUGAGGGCUUCACCAUCUGUGAGGAGUUCUGGAUGGGCAAAGAGAAAGAGAGGUUGGCCUACGCCUACAGCACGCUCUUCAUGACCUACGUCCUGCCUCUCUCUGCACUCUGCAUCUCUUACCUCUGUAUCUCUGUCAAGCUGCGUAACUGUGUGGCGCCUGGCCACCGCACCAAGAGCCAGGCCAAGGCCCAGCGAACCCGCAAGCGCAAGACCUUCCGUCUGGUCACCUUGGUGGUGGCGGCCUUUGGCGUGUGUUGGAUGCCCAUCAGUGUAUUCAACGUGCUGCGGGACAUUGACAUUGACCUGAUUGACAAGCGCUUCUUCCUGCUCAUCCAACUGCUGUGCCACCUGUGUGCCAUGAGCUCGUCCUGCUGUAACCCUUUCCUGUACGCCUGGCUACAUGACCGCUUUCGCGCCGAACUGCGCAAGAUGUUCACCUGCCACCACCGCAUCGGCAUCCCUGCCAACAACUGUGCCACAAACAGCGUGGUGCUGUGAACCACUUCAUCCCACGCUCCCACCUUUCACUGGAUGUGUUCAGAGAAUGUCCUGAGGUAUUUGGUCCUGGAACUAGCUGGAUGAUUUUCUGUCAGGUUUUUGCACAAGUACUGCAUAAGAUAAGAAUGUCAAAUGAAUACAUUCAUUUACAAUUAAGCUUAAAAAAUAUUUUGAGAAUAUACAUUGUUGUGCAUAUUAUGUACAUUUCUACAUGAUGAAGUGGUAGUUCUUUGCAAUAAACUGUGUCACAAACAAGACUGCUGCAAAAAUGCGUAGUGCAUUAGAAGUUUUCAUAGACAUGUUGAACUAUCAGAAGUUGGUUGAGCAAGAUAUGGACAUCUUCUGUUUGUACAUGUAUAUGCUGUUUAAAUAAGAAUGUUCUUUAUUGUUCAGGUUAUUCCCAUGAUACAAACACAGUGAUGGUUUAAUAAUAUAUGUUCUUUGUUUGGUGUUUACUUGAAUUCUACAACCUCAAGGCUGUGACUGACAGGCGAUGCUCAUUACCACAUGGGAACACGGCUACCAACCUCAGAAGCGGUCCUGGCUUGGGGACAAAGAUGAUAGCUUUCAUCUCUCAACCACUAACACAAAAUUAAACACAUUAUUUGGUCAUUUCGAGAAAGAUUGUAAUUUAUUCCAUUUAACCUGGUUUCCAUUUUUGAUCAAUUGCAUGGUUUAAACACUCCUGAGUAUAGUAGUUUUAAUUUCUGGGUUAAUGUGACCGCAUUGAUGAUGUUGCAUCAUGCAUGUUACAUCUUUGUAAAUGUAAUUUGAAGUAUGGAUUCUUUAUUUCCAUAUUGAUGUGAUGAUUUUUUGUAUUUAAAUAUAUAAAGAAAAGAAUAGGUUAGGAUUCAUCACCCAAAUCAAGUUAUUACAAUGCAGAUGAUUGUCUGGUAAAGCAAGUCUAGAGUUGGUAUGAAAGAGCAGUCAAACAUAAUUAAUUUAUUAUGAUAUUAAUUACAUUUUCUGGUUCAUCAAACUGUUUCAAUAAUA